CAUAAAUAGAUUAUGAAUAACAAGCAUUAGUGGCAAGCUUUUUCGGGUUUUCGGUUUAUCUUCAGAAAGAUUUAGAAAGUGAACACGAUCACACGGCGGAGAUGGGGCGGAACUCCCGUGCGCGUCGCAGCACGUCGCGUUCGAGAGACCACAAAAAGAAAAAAUCCGAGAGGAGGCACAAGGAUCGCGGGGAGCGCGACAAAGACAAGGAGGCCAAAGAGCAUCUGAAAGUAGAAAAGGAGCCCAAGGAAAAAUCCAAAAAAGAAGGCAAAAAGCGACGGCGCAGCCGCAGCUCUCCCGAAACGAGGCGUAGCUCCGUGUCCACAGACCGAAAAAAACGUCGGGCCGCGGGAAAAGAGGGCGAAAUGGACGACUUCUUGCGCAGUGUGCCCUUAACGACGCGUGCCCGCCGCCAGACGAAAGGAGGAGCGGAGGCGGAGGAGUCCCCCAAGCUCGCAAGCACGAAGUUCGGGGAUAAGCACAAGAUCAAGAAGGUAGAAAAGUAUGAUCUUCCCGAUUCAAGCGAUGAUGGUCGGCGAAAUGAUAGCGGUAGGAAAAGGAACAGGCGUUCAGGAUCUGCGAAGAAGAAAGGCACGCAAGAGGAAGUGGACACGAAAAAAAAGACCACGAGCAAACGGGACGACCGGGUGUCAGAGGAUAAUCAUUCUCCCAAGAAGGAGAGACACCAAGAAGAUCGCGGUCGGAGACGGAGCGGAGAGCGAAAACAACGUCGUGAGGCAGACGAAAGCAACAAGCCUUUGAAGGGAGAGACCAAACUGAGGAUGGACGAAGUACUAGACACGACCAGCCGGGAGAUGCGAGCGCGCGCACGCAAUGUACUGGAUGCUUUGGAGCGUCCGUUGGACGAGUACCGCGCCGGCACGAAGAAAUCCCCGCCGAACUAUCGGAUGCGGCUGCGGGCGUUCGAAUGUGAGUCUGAAUCUGAGCCGGACGAUUAUCGCAGGGCUUGUUCUCAGCCGAUCACGAUAAAACCGCGCCGGCCACCACGGACGAGCACCGCAAGGCGGCUCGCCGAGGAGAAACGAGGCAAGAAUUACACGCCCGAGAGAAGUAAGGUACUGGAGGAGAGUCGUGCGCAGAGGGCGAGACUGCGUUCCCGUUCCCGAAGUCGGGCACGUGUCGUUGACACUGGUUUGGACGCUGCUAGUAGUACUCCUGCCGAAAAGGGGCGGACAGUGGAUAAAGCUGAAGCUGGAGCUGCUGAUCAUGUGGAGACUGAAAUAAAAACGGCGGGCGUGGUGGGAACAAGUAAUCCAGCUUCUGCUGCUGCUGCUUGUGCAACGAAAGCGCCAGCUGAACAAAUACUACAACAAACUCAUGUAGGAACGCAGUGUGACCCUGACCACGCCGAACCACGACAAAAGAAGCCCACGGACGCUAACGGUCUUGUGUUGUGGCUGCUGGAAGGGCUCUGCAAGAAGGAAGUGGUGAUUACCUCUUCGCAGUAUCGGGACAAGUUGAUCGCAGUUCUGCAAGAGGUGGAGCCCGCUGUGUUAGGAGUCCCUGUGCCUGCAGCCCUGCCGCCGUGUGUACCGAAAGGUUCCUCUAUCAAGGCAAACGCUCCUGUGCUGCAACACCGUCCUGUAGGCCCUCAACCUGUUACGUUCGCUAUGCUCGGCAGUCGGCUAGAUACGUCUGCUAAUGGUGUGCGACAGAAGGGUGAACAAGACGAUCCUGGACCUGUAGUUGACCAGGAGGCAGCUAAGCCCGCCGACGAUUCUAAACACGCUGAGAGUGCACAGGAUACAAGUACCAAUGUCGUCGUUUUGCCUCCGGAUCAGCGAGCGAAAUCUGACUGUCCAGCAGGAGGACCGAAAGAACGUUGUGCGUCCAGCGAAUUUCGGAAAGACCGAAGACGAACAAGUUUUGCCGCUAUGAAAAUAGAUGAACCGGUAAAUAAAGCCGAUGAAGAUAUUGCCAAGUGCGGCCCAUGCCCUUUGCCUCGACCGCCGUUGGGAACGAAAUCGACGCUGUCGCUCUCGGCGGAAGUGGUGCAUAGCAGCAAAGCUAAGCAAGUACUCAGUGCCUUGCCGAUCGGAAAGUCGUCGUCAAUUACCUCCGCCAGUGGGAAAGAUGAGAUGUUGAGAAAUGAGCCACCUGCUGCUCCUCCUUUUUCACAGCAGAAGCUGCAGGAAGUCGACCAGGAGUCGUUCAUAUCAUCAUCAUCCAUCAAGCAGCGCGCGGGUUGUGUUGAAGAGGGGAACAAACCGAAGAUGGUAGUCAAACACGGUGAUGCAGAGGCGGAGAAAAUACCAGCUCAAACCGUGCUCCUCAGUUGCAUGAGAAACAAGGCUCUGCCGUCGCGUCGCAUUUUCGAGGUUACGUGCUCGAAACUGGUGCUGAAUGAAAGUUUCGAGAUUGGGAGCGGCGCUUUGGGCUACUUGACCCGCGCAGAACGGGUGGAACUGGUCACGGGCCCCGUCACCGCAGGCAACGUUCUGCGCAUGGAAGUCGCGCGUCAGGGCUCCCGGCCAGUAAGAGGCUGGGUGACGUCCGGGGCAAACCGCUGGGGCUGUGCAGGCAACCUCGUCGAAGUCUUUCCCGACGAAGGAAACAAACAAGCUGCGCCGACGAGUACAACAACUUCUGCGGUGCUGAAUGGGAUCAAUGUUGCAGCAGAGAACAAAGCUACGAAUAAACCAGAGGCCACGUCGGCAAAUGCGCUCAUAGGAGACAAGACGACGCGUCGACCCCUGCGCCGGUUGAGUUCUGUGCUGCGCAGCACCGAAAAAAAAGCAGGCUCGUCGAAGAUUUCGGCGUCAAGUGCGGAGGUACUUUUGAUUGCUUCUUGUUUACAAUGACCGAGCGGAAUUUUCAUGCUCGCCUUGUAGUUCCAUACGACCGUGUGCCACUUGGUUUGUCUACUGACGUCUCGCGGCGCUUUGUUUACUACCCAAAUCGACGCGGCCUUCAUUGCUUUAUUUCACACGCACCCCAAUAAAUCAACAGGCCCAUAAUCGUGCCGCUGGCACCGCAGAUCGGGUCACUAGGAAUUCCGCAGAAACGAGCAGCGACGAUGCUGCAGUUGCGCAGGCAAAGCCAGAGCAGGUCAUAGCUCUGCCGGACAAGGAACCGAACAUCCAGGGCCCUGGGAACACCGUAGCGCCGACUCGGGAAACGCCGUCCGCAAGUGAUGCCAUUUUCAUGAAGUUGUUAAAAACCGCGUCAGCUGACGGUGAUGAAGCAGCAAAUAAAGCUACUACCACUUCAUCGGCGGAGGUGAAAAAGGGUUCAGGAGCAGGAGGUUCGAACCAGGUCCAACAACCAAACCAGGAAGGAGAGACAGCGACUGUGGCAGCUGUCGAACAGGGCGCAGCCGGGGGCGCGGGCAUCGAGAAGACCGAGGACGGAAAUCGAGAAAGCACAGCGUCCGCUUCUGGAGACAUGAUGCUGAAAGCAGACGUUGUUGGCUCAGGCGACAAAGCAGAGAAAGAUAACAAAGAGGAUGUCCCUUUAGACGAUGUGCAGCUGCUUCGAGAUCCUGGAGGAGAUGUGGAGUUUGAUCUGGAAUACUGUCUGGAAAACGAUCUAGAUCUUUAGAAAGUUGUGUACUUGCGCCCGCACAAACACAUAUUAGUCACGCAGAUCGAGGGAUUGUACAUACCGACGCUUGAGUUCAUUUGAUCGAUCGAUGUUUUUGGUAGUAGAUAGAAACGCGACGCUGACGCAAUGAAUCUUCUUGAUGGAUGUGUGGGUGCCCCAAUUCGUUACAGCAGUGCCGUCGGCAAC